GGAAGGGGGAGGGACUUGUUACCAAACAUUGGGCUCGUGUGGCGCCAACGGAGCUCAGUGAUCAGCUGGGAGGUUCGAACCGAGAUCUACUCGUGUUAGUGAAGAGGAACAAGCGUUCCCGACUCAAUAACAAAUGUCGACAACACGAGCUAAACCUACAGCUGCUGUGAGGGUGUUAAUGGAGAGGACUCCCGCAGAUCUCCAGAGUCCAGUCCGACGAUCCUCUCGAGCUGUCGUGCCUCCUAAACGCCUCCAGGUCUCUCCUGAUCUACAACCAGCGGACACAGUCAACAAGAGGCGGAAAACCAAAGGUCGCAAUGAUGAGAACAUUACGAAUAAGACGCAGGACGAGGACGACGAGGAGGAGGAGGAGGAGGAGGAGGAGGAGGAGGAGGAAAGUAGUGAGCGUCUGUCGAGUGGACAACAGGGACUGUCUGUGUAUGAGCUGGAGCGACUGGAGAACAUCAGACAGAACCAGGCCUUCAUGUCCUCCAUCAACCUCUUCCAGGCCACUGACGAGUUCAAGCAGUUGUCCCGACCAAAAGCAUCACAGAGGGGUCUCAUGAGGUCAAACACGGCUGCAAAAGAAGUGCUGCCCCCUCGGAAAUCCCUUCGUCUCCAAAACAAAGAUGCAGAGAUCCUGGCACUUCCCCCUGAACCCACAGGGAAACCAACCUAUAGAGAGUCUCCGACAUUUAAGAAGCCUACUGGUCCUCUGCCCAUGGAUCCACUCAACACGGAGGAGGGAAGCAAGCUGCCAUCACAACUUCUUGAAAUCUGCUCUGAGAACUCAAUGGAGGAAAGAAAAGUUGAGCUUGAUCUGGAAAAUUAUGGCUCGACUCUGAAGAAAAUGAAGCUGGCUGGGGAGAGAGUGACCAAAGUGGUGAAGGAUCGAAUCUUCUCGGCUGCGUUCCACCCCUCCAGCAGCAGCCUGCUGAUGGCCGCAGGAGACAAGUGGGGGAAAGUUGGCCUGUGGACGUUGGGUGCUGAUUGGGGAGAUGAUGGCGUGCUGCUCUUUGGGCCUCACACUGGUCCAGUUGCCUGUAUGGCGUUCUCCAGGGCUCAGGCAUCCCAGCUGCUGAGUCUCAGCUAUGACGGCUCCCUUCGCUGUAUGGAUAUAGAGAAAGCAGUCUUUGACGACGUCUAUGGCAUUAAACAUGGCCUGAAAACCUUUGACUUCAUGUCACAUGACUGUUUGACGCUAGUCGUCGGAGCCUGGAAUGGAGAUGUUGCCAUCAUUGACAGGCGCACCCCAGGAAACUCCUCUGAGUCCGUCCACUCACUAGACCCAAAGAGCCUGCGUUGUGUCAGUGUCCAUCCUGUGCAGAAGCACUACUUUGCCGUGGCAGAAAGCAAGACAGUGAGUAUUUACGACAGCCGAUGCCUGAAGAAAACGAAAUGCCAGGCAGUCUCCCAGCUGCACGGCCACUCUUUGAGCAUAUCCAGUGCUUAUUUCUCCCCUAACACGGGGAACAGAGUUCUCACUUCCUGUAUGGAUAACCACAUAAGAAUAUACGACACAUCUGCAAUGACCACACAAUCUCCUUUGUUGAAAAAGAUCGAACAUAACAUGCACACGGGCCGCUGGCUGACCAAACUAUCAGCAGUGUGGGACCCCAAACAGGAAGACUGCUUUGUUGUGGGCAGCAUGUUGAGGCCUCGGAGGGUACAGGUUUACCACGAAGGUGGGCGGCUUCAGCACACAUUCAGUGACGAUGACCACCUUACCACAGUGCUGUCCGUCACUGCUUUCCACCCCACUAGGAACGCCCUCCUGGGGGCCAACGCGUCAGGCCGCCUGCACCUCUUCUCUGACUGAGACCAAACUAUGUCUGACCAUCACCUUCAGUUGCCUUUCUCUGACGUUCUCUGGGUUGUUUUCAACUUUAAUUUAA